AGUGCUCUCCCUCCGUCCAAGCCCCACAGAGAAACGGAGCAAACUCCCAGCGCUCUCUUCCCGUCCCGCACCAAAUUUCCGCCGCCGCCGCCGCCGCCGUCUCCAGAUCCAUGGCGCCCCCCGCCGUUCCCGUCCGGCCCUCCGCCCUGGCGGGCUCGCCGCGCUCCGGCCACCCCGACUGGGUCUUACUCAGCAAGACGGGACGCAUCUCCGACGACCGGCACGAAACCACCGCCGGGUGCCGCACGGCGGAGGGCCAGGCCGUCGAGGUGUCCUUCUGCCUCGCCGACCCGCCGGCCGUCUCCCACUUCUCCGUCCACUGCCCCGGCCUCGAGGGCGACGACUACUCCGACACCCCGCCCUUGCUCAUCUGCGCCGAGGGGGCCUUCGUGCUCUUCUCCGUCACCCUCAACGUCCCCGAGUGGGGCUCCGUCCACCACUUCGUCUACUCCGCCCGCGGCCCGUCCGGCAACCGCCCGUCGCUGCACCUGCUCCCGGAGCCGGACCCUGAGGUGCCAGCCUUCCAGUCCCAGCAGUUCGGCAUCCUGCCCUGCGGCGGCGGCCACUUCGCCGUGGCUUUCCUCGAUCGCAACUGGAUUGACCAUCGUGACUGCUGGGAGUAUCGCGCCUACGUCUUCUCCUCCACCACGCGGGCAUGGAGCAGAACCAAGCCGUCCAUGCCGCGCUUGUCCGAGUAUGACAAAGAGUUGCUCGAUAGGCAUUACAGCUGCAAGCAGAUCACUGUCGGAGAAAGCUCGCUGGGCUGGGUUGAUCUCUUGUGUGGCAUUGUCCUCCUCUGCAACCUCUUCGACAAGCGUCCCGUCAUCAAGUACAUCCCGUUGCCCGCGUCCAGGGUUCCCCUCGCCGACGAGGACGGUGUCGCGGACAUCGCCGCGGAACAUCUAUGCGAUGUCUCAUCCUGCGGCGAUCUCAUCAAGUUUGUCCAGAUAGAUUUCGAUGAACCUGACUACGGAAGCAGUGGCAUCGCUUGGAAAGCCACCACAUGGAACAGGAAGCUCUCUUGGGAUGAUUGGCGCAACCGCCGCACGGUUGAUGUUGCUGAAAUCUCGGUCGACACGAGUUAUUCUGCUUUGUUGCCUGAGCUGCUGGAUGAUGAGAACAAACAACUGGAGCUGAAGAAUCUUAUUUUCAUUAACCCCACCCUGAGCAUCCAAGAUGACCAUCUUCUCUACAUAAGGGCCAUGGUAAAGGCUCAAGAUGACACGACAUGGAUUGUCGCACUUGACAUGAAACAUGCCUCUCUCAGUGCGCUAGUCCCAGUGUCCACCCAACCCUUCUGUGGUGUUACCAUGCGCCUUCCCCAAGUACUACCUCGACAACAUGCCAGCAGCAGAGGCAGACGUGGUCAAACCAGUGGUCAGGCAACUAUACAGUACAAAUAAAAGAUCUCACAGGAGGCAAAAAGGGAUACUCAACCCAAAUACUACCUCUCAAGGGAAUCCGGUGGCACGGGGUGAGCGAGCUAGAGGCCAAGAGCGAGCGUCGGUUCUGGACCUCCUGUUUCUGCAUCGCCGGAACAUUUACUUCUUUUUCUUCAUAGUAUUACCGAUCAUGGCAAAAGUGUUCUCUUAUAUCUAUACUCGAUGUAAUAGAGUCAAUGCCUGAACCCCUUUCCUAGUUUAAGUGCAAAAAUUGAUGUUGCUUCUGCUCUGACUAUGUAAAAACAAAAGCAUAUCAGUUUAUUAAUUAGGGCCUGCCUCUCCUGUAAGCUGUGGUUAUGUAUAUAUAUGUAAGGAUAAUGGUUGCAGUGGCAAGUUAGAAGGUCUCUUUUUUAAUUAUGAAUCAGGUUUGCAGAUAACA